AUGUUCGAGCCUAAAGGUUGCGCCUUCGUCAAGUUUAGUUCACAUCAAGAAGCGCAGGCGGCCAUCACAAGUCUGCACGGCAGUCAAACUAUGCCGGGAGCGUCUUCAAGUUUAGUAGUGAAGUUCGCAGACACGGAGAAAGAACGCCAAUUGCGACGGAUGCAGCAGAUGGCCAGCAACAUGAGCCUGCUCAACCCCUUCGUGUUCAAUCAGUUCGGCGCGUACGGUACCUAUGCGCAAGUCAUCACUGAGCAAGUUGAUCUACAACAACAAGCAGCUUUGAUGGUCGCUGCGACUGCACAGGGCUACAUAAGCCCCAUGACUGCGCUCGCAUCGCACGCUCUGAACGGCAUGGCCAACUCUGUCGUGCCUCCCACUUCUGAUAACUUCUCGGGUCUAGCGAUAGGCACAGGUGGACAGCCGCUCAACGGAGCGUUGCCAUCUCUGCCGUCGCCCACCAUGCCCGGGUUCAACAUGGCCGCACAGACCGCCAACGGACAACCGCCACCACAAGAAGCCGUUUACACUAAUGGCAUUCAUCAGACUUUUACUGGCCCUGUUCCAGUGACAGCACAAGGCAUACCUAACGGCGAGGCCGCACUGCAACACGCGGCGUACCCCGGCAUGCAACCCUUCCCCGGCGUAGCUUACCCCGCGGUAUAUGGGCAGUUUCCGCAACCGAUCCCACCGCCGAUGUCGACUAUAGCGCCGGCACAGAGAGAAGAUUUUCUCGUGUUCCCAGGCUGCUCCAUAUCGGGGCCCGAGGGCUGCAACCUCUUCAUUUACCACUUACCACAGGAGUUUGGUGAUGCUGAGUUAAUGCAGAUGUUUCUCCCAUUUGGAAACGUGAUCAGCAGCAAGGUCUUCAUUGAUCGCGCUACCAAUCAGAGCAAAUGUUUUGGCUUCGUGUCAUUCGACAACCCGACGUCCGCCCAAGCGGCCAUCCAAGCGAUGAACGGCUUUCAAAUUGGCAUGAAACGACUAAAGGUCCAGCUGAAACGGCCAAAGGAUGCCAACCGGCCUUAU